AUGGUUUCUACACAUAAUAGAGAUAAACCUUGGGAUACUCCAGACGUGGAUAAAUGGCAUAUUGAGGAGUUUAAACCUGAAGAUAAUGCAUCAGGUUUGCCAUUUGCAGAAGAAUCUAGUUUUAUGACUUUAUUCCCCAAAUACAGAGAAACAUAUUUGAAAUCUGUAUGGAAUGAUGUCACCAGAGCAUUAAAUAAACACAACUUGGGAUGUGUGCUGGAUUUAGUGGAAGGUUCCAUGACGGUAAAGACUACAAGAAAAACUUUUGAUCCAGCUAUCAUCUUAAAGGCUCGUGAUUUAAUUAAAUUAUUGGCAAGAUCUGUUCCAUUUCCUCAAGCUGUGAAGAUUCUACAGGAUGAUAUGGCUUGUGAUGUUAUUAAGAUAGGGAACUUUGUGACCAAUAAAGAAAGAUUCGUAAAGAGAAGACAACGUCUGGUCGGACCCAAUGGUAAUACGUUGAAGGCAUUGGAGUUAUUGACAAAGUGUUAUAUAUUAGUACAAGGUAACACUGUGAGUGUAAUGGGACCAUUUCAAGGUUUGAAGGAAGUGCGCCGUGUUGUUGAAGAUUGUAUGAAGAAUGUGCAUCCAAUUUAUCACAUAAAAGAAUUAAUGAUUAAGAGAGAGUUAGCAAAGAAGCCAGAAUUAGCCAAUGAAGAUUGGUCAAGAUUUUUGCCUAUGUUUAAGAAGAGAAAUGUUGCCAGAAAGAAGCCAAAGAAGGUUAGAAAGGAAAAGAAAAUAUAUACUCCAUUCCCACCUGCUCAGUUACCUAGAAAGGUUGAUUUGGAAAUUGAGAGUGGUGAAUAUUUCUUGAGUAAGAGAGAGAAGGAGAUGAAGAAGCUGCAUGAACGUAGAGAACAACAGGCUGAGAAACAAGCUGAAAAGGAAGUCGAAAGAAAUAAGAACUAUAUUGCCCCUGAAGAGGAAACCUACAAGAGCUCUUUGAAGAAGGAGCAUAAAAAGAGAAAAUCUGAAUCUGAGGAAUAA